AUGGCGUCCAUCGCAUGCGAACCGCAGAGAGCCACCGAGCUUGCGGAAUCUCUGGCAGAGGUCAGACAACUCGUCAAAAAUGCGAGCGAACGUCGCUCAGAGCAACAAUCUUUUCCUACUCUGGUCGCAGUUUCAAAGAUAAAGCCAGCCUCGGAUGUCAUGGGCUGCUACGAUGCUGGCCAUAGGGAUUUUGGCGAAAACUAUGUCAAUGAACUCGUAGAAAAGGCUGAAAUUCUUCCUAGAGACAUUCGUUGGCAUUUCAUUGGCACACUCCAAUCCAACAAGGCCAAACUCCUUGCUCAUGUCCCAAACCUCUACGUCGUUCAAACGCUCACAUCUGCAAAGGCGGCCACAGCGUUGGAUCGUAAUCUACCAGAGACCAGAGAAACACCACUCAAUGUCAUGCUACAAGUCAAUACGUCGGGUGAGCAAUCCAAGUCGGGACUUGCUCCGCUCGACGUCGACGAAGGCGGCGAACACGAGCCAUCUGCAUCUCUUGAGGUAGUCGAUCUUGCAUCCCAUAUUCUCUCAUCAUGCAAGCGGCUACAUCUCCUGGGAGUUAUGACGAUUGGCUCUUUCGAGGCCUCGAUGGACGACUCGCACCCGAACCCAGAUUUCGAAACCCUGAGGAAGACGCGAGACGUACUCACAGAGAAGCUCAAGGAAAAGUAUCCCGAGGCACAAUGGGGCCAAGAUGGAAGGCUGUUAUUGAGUAUGGGCAUGUCGUCGGACUUUCAGGCUGCCAUUUUGGCGGGGAGUGAUAUUACGACUGGUCAAAUGUGGAGCACCUCGUUGACCACCACGAGCACUAUGGCAGAUUCAUCGGCUGCUGCAAACAAGGAAGUAAAGAUGGAUGCAGACAAGGAAAAGAAGUCGGAAGAGCCCCAGCAGCCUCAACUGGGCGUUCUCGAAGAGGACGAUGAAUUCGAAGAGUUUGCCGUCCAAGAGUGGAAAGACGAAGAAACCGAUGUCGCAAAGUAUCUGGAACAAUCGGGUGCAGCAGGCGGUGGAGGAGCCUCGUCACAUUUGUGGGAGGAUACAUGGGACGACGAUGAUGUUGAAGAGGAUUUCAGUGUACAGCUAAGAGAAGAGUUGGCAAAGGCGACAAAGUCCGGCGAUACUGAGAUGCAGACAUAG